GGUCAGCGGAUGCAGCUACGCUCUGUUUCCACCCUUUUGUUCCUCUCCCUUCAGCGGCCCUGGGGUCACAUCUCCCUGUGUUCUGUCCUCAUCUGUGAUCUGUAAGGUGGUGGGAGCUGCAGGCGGGACUCGGGAGGCCCAGGAACUAGAAAUGGACUCAGUGGCCUUUGAGGAUGUUAAUGUGGAGUUCACCAUGGAGGAGUGGGCUUUCCUGAAUCUGACCCAGAAGAAACUCUACACAGAUGUGAUGCUGGAAACCUUCUGGAACCUGGCAUCAGUAGCAUGUAUUUUAGAAGAAAAAUGUGAAGGCCAUGACAUUGAAGAUCAGUAUGAAAAUCAUGGGAUGAAUCUUAGCAGUCAUAUGGUAGAGAAUCUCUGUAAAUGGAAGGAUGGUUGUCAAUGCAGAGGAAACUUCAGCCAGAUUCCAAAUCAUAAUGAGAAGAGGAAAACUCCUACUGAAAUAAAACAACCUAAAUCCAGGUUGUGUAGUCAAGUCUUCAUGCGUUAUUUAUCCUUUAAUAACCACCUGAGCUCUCCCAUUGGGCGCAAACUAUACCUGUGUCAGGAAUAUGAAGAAAACGCUUAUAAAUGUAAGGAACCUGAGAAAGCUUUCAAGCAUCACCAACAAAUUCAAAGACAUGAAGGGAGACCCAGUGGAGAAAAGACCUAUGAAUGUAAGGUAUGUGGGAAAGCUUUCCACUAUUCAACUUCUCUUAGAAAUCAUGAAAGAUCACAUAUUGGUGGGAAACCAUAUGAGUGUAAGCAAUGUGGCAAAGACUUUAGUCAUCUCAUUUACUUUAUAAUUCACAAAAACACUCAUAAUGGAGAGAAACUAUAUCAAAGUAAACAAUGUAGCAAAGCUAUCAGUUCUCCCAAGUAUUCUCAAGAAAAUGAAAGAACACACACUAGAGAAAAGUCCUAUCAAUGUAAGAAAUCUGGUAAAAGUUUCAGUUCCAGUUAUCUUAGAAAUCAUGAAAGAACACAUACUGGCGAGAAACCUUAUGAAUGUAAGCAAUGUGGAAAAGUCUUCAGUUGGCUCAGCUCUCUUGGAAAACAUAAAAGAAGUCAUGAUGGAAAGAAGCCUCAUGAAUGUAAGGAAUGUGGUAAAACAUUCCAUGAACGCUGUUCCCUUAAAGAUCAUGAAAGAACUCAUACUGGAUCAAAACCCUAUGAAUGUAAGCAUUGUGGUAAAGAUUUCUCUCAUCGAACUUCCCUCCAACGUCAUGAAAGAAUUCAUACUGGGGAAAAACCCUAUAAAUGUAAGCUUUGUUGCAAAGCUUUUUCUUAUGUAGUUUCCCUCCAUCGUCAUGAAAGAACUCAUACCGGGGAAAAACCAUAUGAAUGUAAGCUUUGUGGUAAAGUUUUCUCGUAUUCAACUUCCCUCCAAAAUCAUAAAACAACUCAUACCGGGGAAAAACCCUAUGAAUGUAAGCAAUGUGGGAAAGUCUUCAGUAGGCUCAGCUCUCUUGGAAAACAUAAAAAAAGUCAUGAAGGAAUGAAGCCUCAUGAAUGUAAGGAAUGUGGUAAAACAUUCUAUGAUCCCUAUUACUUUCGAGAUCAUGAAAGAAUUCAUACUGGGUUGAAACCCUAUGAAUGUAAGCAUUGUGAUAAAGAUUUCUCUCGUCGAACUUCCCUCCGACGUCAUGAAAGAAUUCAUACUGGGGAUAAACCCUAUAAAUGUAAGCAUUGUGGCAAAGCGUUCUCUUAUCCCACUUACCUCCAACGUCAUGAAAGAACUCAUUCUGGGGAGAAACCCUAUAAAUGUAAGCAUUGUGGCAAAGCUUUCUCUUAUCCCACUUACCUCCAAUGUCAUGAAAGAACUCAUACUGGGGAGAAACCCUAUAAAUGUAAGCAUUGUGGCAAAGCUUUCUCUUAUCCAGCUCCCCUCCAAGAUCAUGAAAGAACUCAUACCGGGGAAAAACCCUAUGAAUGUAUGCAUUGUGGCAAAGCCUUCCAUAGUCGCAAGUACUCUCGAGAACAUGAAAGAACACAAUGUGGAGAAAAGCCCUAUGAAUGUCAGCAAUGUGGUAAGACUUUUAAUUUUUCCACAUCUCUUAGACAUCAUGAAAAAAUGCAUACUGGGGAGAAACCCUAUGAAUGUAAGCAAUGUGGGAAAGCAUUCAGACAUUCCACUUCUCUUAGAAAUCAUGAAAGGAUGCAUACUGGGGAGAAACCCUAUGAAUGUAAGCAAUGUGAGAAAGCCUUUUUCUCUGCCAAAUGUCUUAGAGAACAUAAAAUAACUCAUCAUGGAAAGAAGUCUCAUGAAUGUAAGGAAUGUGGUAAAAGUUUCCUUUAUCCCUAUUACCUUAGAAAUCAUGAAAGAACUCAUACUGGGGAAAAACCCUAUGAAUGUAAGCAUUGUGGCAAAGCUUUCUCUUAUCCAGCUUCCCUUCGAUGUCAUGUAAGAACUCAUACUGGUGCUCUAGCCAGUUUUGCUCAGUGGAUAGAGCAUCGGCCUGUGGACUGAAGGGUCUCGGGUUCGAUCCUGGUUCACUUAUCUCUCAGCUGUACCAUCAUGUAUGAUAAUCCAUAUUGGGGAUGGAACCUAGAAAUGUAAGAGGGUUAGAAAGCAUUCGUUUCCUCCAAUUUAAUUUGAAGGAUGAAAGAACUCACUGAAGAGAAGCCCUGUCAUGUAAAGAUGAUAAAAGAGCCUUUGGCCAUGAAGGGACUCACACACAGCAAUAAGUGUAUGAACAUAAGGAAUGUAGGAGAACCUUUCCUGGACAUGUGAAAAUGCACCUGUAGAAAUAGUGUACACUUAUAGCAAAGAUGGGAAAUUCUUCAGCUGUCCCUUUUGCUUGGAAAGGUCAUAAAAAAACUCAAAGUGGAGAAUUGUAUUGAAUGUAAAAAUGUAGGAAAACCUUCAUGUUGCCUCAUAUCCCUACAAUACCAUGUGAGAAUGUACACUGUAUAAUUGACAAUUAAAACAAACUUUAAAAUUUUAACAAAUACUUUCAAAGUAGCUUGAACACUACACUGAAAAGAAAUCCUAUUAGUGUAACUAACUGGUACAUGUAAGCCUGUUGCAAAUUAAGUCAUAUACUCUCCAAAACUCACAGCAUUAAAUAAGUUCUAUAAACUUUUGACAUAUUUGGUCAUUAUUAGUACCCAUUCU